AUGCCCGCCCAGUGCCGCCCCGCUCCUCCGGCCCCGAGACCGCCGGGGAGACACGGCACCGCUCGGGACCCCCAGCCGACACCGGCAGGAGCGACCCAGAACGCCCGGGGCCAUCCCCGGCCCAGCCCCAGCGCGCCGGGCUCCGCGCGGGCCCGGGAGCAGCCGCGCUCCGGCCCCGGGGAGACGGGCGGGGCCGUGAGCGAUGGUCGCGCCUCCCUCCCGGAUCGGGAUCUGGGCUCGGGGACUGGGGUCCCGGUCCUGCCGGUGUCGGCUGCGGGAGCCGGGCAGAGCCGCUUCUUCCUCGGCAAGCAGGGUGUGGGUGCCGGGGCCGGGGGAUCGAGGAGGGAUUGGGGCUGGGAUCGGGGCCGGCACCGCCGUGGGCGGGAGGAGCCGCUCCGGGACGAGCGCUGGGACCCCGCUACGGAGCCGGGGGAUGCCGGUGCUGGGCCCGCCAGGAGACCGGUGCUUCCCUGGAGCAGCCGCUGGAUCGCGGCUGGAAGCAGGCAGGGCGCGGGGACCGCCGUGCCGGCCACGGGACCCUCCGACACCGUCGCCUCCCGCCCCGUGGGACACCGAGCCCCCGGCCCCGGUAGCCCCGCGGCCACCGGGCUCCCUGCGAGCAGCAGCGCCCGCCUCUCCCGUGUCCGCAUCCUGGGGGGAGCUCUGCCGAACAAGCUCCGGGACGGCCGCUGGGACCGGCUCCAGCUGUGCCCGGUGUGGGAAUGGAGGAGGCCCGGAAGGCACAUGGAGAUGCUUCAGCCCGGGCAGAGACCACUGACAGCCCAGAAGAACCCCGAGGAGCAGCUGGCAUUAUCUGGGAAUGGCACGGGCUGUUUGCAGAGGGGCUCAGACAGCAAUUCCUGUUUCUCACCUCCCAGUGUUCCCAUGCACCUACCAGGGAGCCAGCUGGAAGUGCAGAAGAGGUGGAAGACUUUCGCAGUUCCCCAGUGGGAAGAACAUGAACUCACAGCCAUCGAGGCCUGACAGGUUCCUGCAGUGAGAGCUCAGCACACCUCCACAGAGAGAGAGAGGGGAGAUGUGGGAGUUGGAAAACCAGAAACUUCCAGAGACUCCAGAAGAUUUGAUCUGCAGCCUUGGAAGAAGCUUGGAUUGAUGUAGAAAUGCAAUGCACAGACAUGAAGCAGAAAAAUCAUAAACUUCUGAUUCUGUGGUUGACCUCACUUGUCAGUCCUUUACCACUGGACUUGGAACAAAGGAAGGGACACCCAGGAUGCUGCAUCACAAGAAGUCCCAAAGAGAAACCCCUCCAAAACCUGACAGAAAAAGGCUUCAAGGCACUCCAGGACACAGCCAGCUGUUCAUGCCUUGUCAGGCCACAGCAACCCUGUCACAUCCACCCGAGCUGUGCAGGCCAGGCAAAGGCUGCCCUUCCUCCUGGGGAGCACUGCACAGAGAGCCAUCCUGGGCAGCACCUGGAAACAACAGGGGAAAGGCGAAACAAAAAUGUUUUCUGUCACAAAAUGAGUGUCUACAAUCAGAACUUCUGGACAAAUUUAGUAACACCACUUUCAUGUGAUAAAUGCAGGCCAUGCACAUCCUUCCAGCCCAGGUAAAAACACGAAGGAGAACUACAGGAACAGCAGGAAGACAGAGUCCUUUCUUUGGAUAUAUUUCCUAAACACACUUCUGCAUUGAUAUAGUUUAUAUCAAUAAAACUUUGUGUUCUUUAAAAGAAUGGAUUGCUGCUAAAAAAAUAAUAUUCUAUCAGCCAUAGCCAGGACAAGCUACAUCUGGAGGGCCAGGGAGAUGCAGGAGCUUGGCACACCAAGGAUAAAAGUAGAGGAAGCAGGGGAGGUGUCGGGGGAGAGCUGGAGAAGUGAAGGAGCAGGCAAUCUUGUGAAAAAUAAAUCUUGUUCAGAUUCAUCAGUGCUGAGAACAUGGAAAAUGCACGGUGCUGGAUGCAUCUAGGACACAGUGCCCCGGGUUGUUGUCCUUUGCUCCUGAGCUUUGGCUUCAGCCCCUCUCCAGAGGAGCAGGGAAUUCCUGCUGGCUAAGAGGGAGUCUGGUCCCACUCCAGGGCUGUGUCCAGUAAAGGAGGGGAGCUGUUUAGAGUAACUGACCAGUGUUUUAGUUACACACAAAAGUCAAACCAAACACUGAAAUGGACCGAAAUACUGAGCUGCAACACAAAGUGUUCACAGCAGGCAGAGGCAAGAGGUGCACACAGGACCAAGAAUUACCAUUUCACUUGGCUGUUCUGCUUACAGGCAUUUUAGUUCUGCCUUGCUUCACAGCUGCCAUUCUGCCAAGGCCAUUUCCUGAAGCCUGUGUCACAUGUAGCUGAGGCUGGAAAUCCUCACUCAGGAUUUGUACGUCCCACCUGGAUUGGCCAGGAAGCACGUGCCCACAUGCAUGCCCAUUUCUGUGAUAUGUCAGAAGUCAUGUAACCCAGCAACUUGCUCCUCACUGCACCACUUAGAAAUACAUUAAAAAGCCAGAAAAAAACCCCAAAAACCAACCAAAUAACAAUCCACAUCAGAGAGAGCUUAGUGCAGCAUCAUCUUAGUGUUCUGCUCGGUGAUGGAGAGAAAGAAGGAGGAAAGCUCUCCUUCCAGUACUUCCAGGUCUGGACCAAGCAGUUUGAAACAGCCCAAAUUGCCCUCACCUGCAGCUUUGCUCCUUGCCUCAGCCUUGCCCUGAGUUCUGAGGGACCAGAGGCACCACACAACCCAAAACUGGCAGCACUCACACCCACUACUAGUAUGGACAUCUUCAUGUUCUGUCCUUGACCAAACAACCCCCAGGAUGUUUCUGCUUUCCUGUCAGACUUGGCAAAUUUCAUUGACAUUUAUCAAGGCAGCAGACACCCUGCAUGGCUCUGGGGUCAGAUCCCCUUUGGCACAAAAUCCCGAGAGAAGAUUGGAGGGAAGAAUCCAACAGCAAACUGAAAUCCCAGACAGGCAAUGAAGGUCUGCUUCUGGUGGGUUCCUGUUGGCUUUUGGGGCACAAGAAAGGCCUUUAUACCGUUUGCAUCCAUGUGAAAAGCCCACACUGAGCACUUGGAUUUAAAGAUGCUGCACUUAAUAUUACAGACAUAGAAUUGCUUUGGGAUUUGGCAUCUCCUGCACUCACACAAACACAUUAAAGGAAUUAAGUGCAGAGUCCUGAAGUUCAGUUAUUCCAAUUCUAUUUUGAUAGGGUUACCUGACAUACCAAAAUCCACAGCAAUACUUAAAGGAAUGAAAAGCAACUUUCCCUCCCCACCUCACUUUCAAUUUUUCAGUUUAGGAAAACUGUCUCACCCUUCACAUGAGACUGAAAAUGGAAUAAAAGUUGUUCAGUCUCUGGGCCAGAAAAGGGCUUAGUCUGAUAAAUCCUCCUCACACAAAGUACCAAUUUAUCAGAUUAUGCCCUUUUCUGACCCAGAAAUAAGUUAACUGAGAAGCAUUUUGAAAUCUUUUAUUCCAUUUUCAGUCUCAUGAGAAGGGUGAGACAAUACAGAUGUUAUAAUUCAGGCCUUCACAAUCAGAAGCCAGCUAUUUCCUAAUUACAAUAAUUACAAGCAUUUCUUGUCCUAUCAGUUUUUGUCACACCAUGCUGUAAAUGCCUUAAAGCCAAUAAUCUAAAAUUACCCCUCGUGAAUCUUACUACAGUGCAUCUUUCAUAGUUCUAUUUCUCUAAAGUAUCCAGUCUUAUUUACAAAGUCAUCCUUUAAAACUCAUUUCUAGCUCCAUUUCUCUCUCAACAAUGUCUGUCCUAUUCCAUGGCAUUUCUAAGUCAUCAUUUCUUAUCUCAAAGUUUACAUACAGAUACAUACUAUAU